ACUUCAGGGAACUUCUGUUUUCUGCUCGGCAGCUGUAGAGGAGCAGCAGCGAAGUUUGGAGUAACACCAAGUGAUGCGGGAAAAACACCCCGAGAGCAGAAAACCCUCCUGCAGACACAACCCCUGCUGCUGCACACAGGUUGAUCAUGGUUGCCGCGACCCGCUCCCUCCUGGCGCUGCUGCUCUGCCAGGUGCUGCUGGGCGGCGCGGCCGGCCUCAUGCCGGAGGUGGGCCGGCGGCGCUUCAGCGAGCCGGGCCGCGCCGCCUCGGCCGCGCAGCGCCCCGAGGACCUCCUCAGCGAGUUCGAGCUGCGCCUGCUCCACAUGUUCGGGCUGAAGCGGCGGCCCAGCCCCGGCAAGGACGUCGUCAUCCCCCCCUACAUGCUGGACCUCUACCGCCUGCACGCGGGCCAGCAGCUGGGGCAGCCGCCGGCCCUGGGCUACCCGCUGGAGAGGGCCGCCAGCCGCGCCAACACCGUCCGCAGCUUCCACCACGAAGAAGUUUUGGAAGAACUGCCAGAAACAAGUGGGAAAACAGCACGGCGUUUCUUCUUUAAUUUAACUACCAUCCCUAAUGAGGAGUCUAUCACCUCAGCUGAACUCCAGAUUUUUCGGAAGCAGGUGCACGGAGCCUUUGAGAACAACAGCAGCUACCAUCACCGUAUUAAUAUUUAUGAAAUUAUAAAGCCAGCCACAGCCACCUCUAAGGACCCUGUCACAAGACUUUUGGACACCAGGAAUGCAAGGGGAAACAAAACCAGGAAAGGACAGAAAGGAUGGAGGAGCCCUGCCUGCACCUGGCAUACUGCUCGGGGACUCAGCAGUCUGACUCCUGCUCCAAGUCCUUCCUUCAGACCACUGCCUGACCUCAGGUGAAGCUGCUCUCAGGUUCCCCUGACAAUCUCUUUACCCAUCUUUCCGUUGCAUACAGAGAUGUUGUGUUAUCUCUGCUUAAUCCCGAAUGGUGAAAAGCAACCAUUUCCAGGAUCAGUAAUUACACCUCGGAGGUCUUGGGAUUUUGCUGGGCUGCUAAUCUACAGAGCUCAUUGCACAUUUUUCCAUCUAAAUCUCCUGUUUAAUGAAAGACUGCUUUGCCAAGGGACCCAUUUUCCAUAAAUAUACUUUUCUGAAGCAUAACAUCUAAAACUUCUGGCUUGUUUCUGACAAUAUCAUUUUUCCUGUCUUAUCAACAUUCUCUGUGCAAAUGUACCCACCUAUCAGCAUUUUUUCCAUUUUAGCAACCAAACUUGAGUCCAAGAUGCCUUUUGCUACUGCCACCAAAGCAAUAAACCCCGAAGAAUGGAUUUAAGCAAGCACACAUAGAUAUGCAGAGACCCUCCUGCAUCUUCCUGUGCCUACGCCACUCCUGUUCUACAUUAGUUUAAACUCUUGGAAGCUCCCAGAGCUAGAGAUCCUAAAGCCUCUCUGCACCCUCAGUUCCAGCAUUUCCCUCUCUUUACGGAAAGAGUUCUCCUAAACUCUCACCUCCUCUGUUUUGCUGCAAAUAAAGCCAACUAGAUCUUGUCCUUUCCCAUGCAAGUAGACCCAGUGGUCACUGUACCCUUUUACCAUACCCCUUUUAGCUACUGUCUUCACAUGUGAAUUCUCUCAUAGCUGUUCUCAGUCUUUUCUAGACUAAACAAAUCCAAUUAAAAUAAAAUUCCACACAGGUCAUGUUUUUUGAAACCUCUUAUCAGUCCUGGUGCUCUCCUCCAGACUUCCUCCUGUAUUUACAUCUUUAUUUGAAGUAUAGAGUGCAGAUUGGUGGUCUGGGCCUCUCCAGCAGCAGAAUGAAUUCCACACAAAGGGUGCUCUUAAUACUUCUAAUAACAGGGAUCUUUCUGGGCACACCAUAACCUGGUAGACUUCGAUUUGAGCUUGUCCUCUACCAGCUCCCCUAGCAUAUCGUCAGGACCAUGACCUGGUUUCUUAUGUGUAUUUUAAUUAUGCAUUUUCUUUUUCAUCUAAGUCUAUUUCUAAAGUUUAUUCAAAACAUUUUAAAUCAGUCCUCCUCCUCUCCCAAAAUGGGAGUCUCCCAGCCUGUUUUCUUGUUCUAACCUACCAGAAGAGCCCUGUCUGCUCCACCAUCCAAACAGUUCACAGAGAUUUAAAUGAACUGUGACCAGCACAGACUUCUGUUGAUGGCCCUCUUGCUUUGACAGUGGAUCACGUGUGCCUAAUCUUCAAGGACGUUAUUUCAAUCAAUAGUUGAAAAACAGCAAUUAUUUCUGUCAGGCAGGUAUAAUUCCUGAAGCUGACAGCUGUCCGAAGGAGACCUGAAGCCAAGAGUGAUACCAGUGAAUAACCGGCAAAUACCUACUCAUCACCUGUACUGAGAAACAGGCUUGAGUACCAAGCCCUGAAACUACACUCUCUCCUUUUUUUUUUUUAAUAAGAGGACAGCAGCGAAGCCGGAUUAUUCAUAGCUCUGAAAGCAGGAUGGGCACAUCAGUAUGCCCCUAAAGCCAAGAUGAUGAGCUAAUCAACUUCGUAUUGUUAGAAGAGUCCCCACCUACGCUUUCACACAAAGGGCCGAUUAGCUCACAGGUAUGCAAAACUCUGGGAGGAUGCCAUCUUUCAUCGCUACCAGAAGAUGUUUAAUAUAUGUUAAGUUGCCAACAAUUAAGUGUUUGUGUGUGUGUGCGUACACACGCGCGCAGCCACUUGCUCUGGUCCCAGGAGCUGCAUGCUGUUGCGCUAACCCGCCGUGCCGGGGCAGAGCCCCGUGCUGGGCACAGCUCUGCUGCUGCGUGCUCAGCUGCAUCGUGGGGUGGCAGGAGCACAGUAGCUACUGCCUUCGGCAGCCCAAAGGAAGCAGAUUUUAACAUGCU